CAACCCUGUCUGUUCACACGUACAGGACAACAGCUUCUCCUCAGCAGUUGGAGUGCGGGUUCUACACACUGUUCCCCUGGAGAACCCUCUUACUGUGGGCUUCUAACGCUUACGCAAUGGGACACUGUUUAUAUCCGGGACUCGGCGUGGUUUUGUUAUAUAAUAUAGGCUAGUGUCGGGGGAUUAAAGCCUGAAAACAGGGUGGUGUUGGUGGUGGUGGUGGUUUUUUUUCACCUCCUUUCCCAACACUGCACAGUUUUGGAGUUGGAGUUGGAGCUGAAGUUGGAGACCAAGAUGGCUGCUGAUCCCAUGCAGGGUCACAUGGUGUCAGAUCACCUGGACCUGUCAGACACCAUGGUGCAGCAGAAACUGGACGAGAUCCGCGAGCAGAUCAAGCGUGAGAUCCGAAAAGAGUUGAAGAUCAAGGAGGGAGCGGAGAACCUGCGGCGCGUCACCACGGACAAGAAGAGGCUGGCCUACGUGGACACCAUGCUGAAGAAGAGCAACAAGAAGGUGGAGGAGCUGCACCAGGAACUGCAGGAGCUCAACGCUCACAUCGUGGUGAAGGAUCCUGAAGAGCUUCUGUUAGAAUGCCCUCUGACACCGGACACGCCGAACAGCGAGAGCCGCCUGGCAGCGCUGAAGAAACAGAUCCACAUCGAGCUGAAGGUGAAGCAGGGAGCAGAGAACAUGAUCCAGAUGUAUUCUAACGGCUCGUCCAAGGAUCGGAAGCUCUUGGCUGCUGCACAGCAGAUGCUUCAGGACAGUAAGAUGAAGAUUGAGUUCAUCAGGAUGCAGAUUCUUAAAGCCAGUCAGAGUCACGAGCUCAGCUACGACACUCACCACCUCAUUGAGAAGCCCAUUAUCAGCCCUCUGGAUCUGCGAGUGGAGGAAUUAUGUCAUCACGCUCGGAUCGAGCACGCUGUGGCUGAGGGAGCGAAGAACGUCAUGAAACUGCUCGGCUCGGGCAAACUGGCUGAAAAAAAGAUUCACUCAGAGGCUCAGGCUCGCUUUAAUGAGUCCAGUCAGAAGUUGGAUCUGUUGAAGUUGUCGUUAGAGCAGCGCCUGACUGAACUCCCACCUCAGCAUUCGAAGAGCAGCGUGAUCAUGGAGGAGCUGGUGUUCAUGAGCUCGGCCGCUCUGAGCCCGAGACACAGCCUCGUGUCCACACACACACCGUCACCGUACAGCACGCUGGUCAAACCUGCUGCUCUCACCGGAACAUUAGAUGUGCGGCUGAUGGGAUGUCAGGAUCUUCUGGAGAACGUUCCGGGUCGCUCGAAGGCCGUGACGGCGUCUCUGCCCAGCUGGAGCCCCAGCGACACGCGCUCGUCCUUCAUGAGCCGCCACAGUCGCCGCCGCAGCCUCUCCAAGACCGAUGAGCUCUCCAAUGAGAUCAGCGCUGUGUUGAAGCUUGAUAACACCGUAGUGGGACAGACGAGCUGGAAACCUGUCAGUAAUCAGUCGUGGGAUCAGAAGUUUACACUCGAGCUAGAUCGGUCUCGUGAGCUGGAGAUCUCUGUGUACUGGAGAGACUGGCGUUCUCUCUGCGCUGUAAAGUUCCUCAGGCUCGAGGACUUCCUGGAUAACCAGCGUCAUGGGAUGUGUCUGUACCUGGAGCCUCAGGGGACGCUGUUCGCCGAGGUGACUUUUUUUAACCCGGUGAUCGAGAGGAGAACCAAGCUGAGGAGACAGAAGAAGAUUUUCUCCAAGCAGCAAGGGAAGACGUUCGUCAGGGCUCCACAGAUGAACAUGAACAUGGCGACGUGGGGACGAUUACGCAGAGCGAUUCCCUCCAUCAGCAACUCACUCAGCCCACAGAGCAGCACAGAGCAGGGGACAGAACCAGGGCGCAGAGUUUAUCACCACACACACACUCCAACCAGUGGUUCACUGAUGACUAAACUGGACUUCGAUAAAGACGCCACGUCAGGCUGUAAGAGCUACUCACUGGGCCGAGUCAGAGAAACACUACAGGACGAGAAGAUCACCAAAGAUCAAGUGCAGGAUGCAAUGCGAUCGUUUGACUUCCUGAACAACGUGGGGUCGCCCGAGCUCAAGCACACGUCCGAGGACGAGCUGCAGAUGGAAACGCCGCGGCUGGAGCUCAUGGCUGUCCAGAAGCACAGAGAGAUCAGGGGUGAGGAAGAGGAGGAUGAAGAGGAGGAGCAGUUCCACUUCAGCCUCAGAAACUUUAAAUGUAUCGCAGUGUUGGGACGUGGCCAUUUUGGAAAGGUGUUAUUAGCUGAGUACAGCAUCACAGGAGAGAUGUUCGCCAUCAAGGCCCUGAAGAAAAGAGACAUUGUGGCUCGUGAUGAAGUCGACAGCCUGAUGUGUGAGAAGAGGAUCUUCGAGACGGUGAACAGUGUUCGGCACCCGUUCCUCGUCAACCUGUUCGCCUGCUUCCAGACUAAAGAGCACGUGUGUUUUGUGAUGGAGUACGCAGCAGGUGGAGACCUCAUGAUGCACAUCCACGCUGACGUCUUCUCGGAACCGUGUGCCAUGUUUUAUGCAGCUUGUGUUGUCCUGGGGUUGCAGUUUUUACACGAGCACAGGAUUGUGUACAGAGAUCUGAAGCUGGAUAAUUUACUGCUGGAUACAGAGGGUUACGUGAAAAUCGCAGACUUCGGUCUUUGUAAAGAAGGAAUGGGCUUCCGGGAUAGGACGAGUACUUUUUGUGGUACACCUGAGUUCCUGGCCCCUGAGGUGCUCACAGAGACGUCAUACACCCGCGCUGUGGACUGGUGGGGGCUCGGAGUGCUCAUCUUCGAGAUGCUGGUUGGCGAGUCUCCGUUUCCCGGUGAUGAUGAAGAAGAGGUGUUCGACAGCAUUGUGAACGAUGAAGUGCGCUACCCGAGGUUCCUCUCCACAGAAUCCAUCUCCAUCAUGAGGAGGCUGCUGAGGCGGAAUCCCGAGCGGCGUCUGGGAGGAGGAGAGCGCGAUGCAGAGGAGGUCAAGAAGCAUCUGUUCUUCCGUAACAUCGACUGGAGCAGACUGCUGGCGAAGAAAGUGAAGCCUCCGUUUGUGCCGACGAUCCAGGGAACGAGCGACGUCAGCAACUUCGACGACGAGUUCACGUCAGAGGCGCCGGUGUUGACCCCGCCGCGAGAUCCACGCCCACUGAGCCGGGACGAGCAGGAGAUGUUCGCUGACUUCGACUACAUCGCCGACUGGUGUUAGCGACCACACACGCUCACACGGACCCUGCUAUUAACCACUGUGAACACGGAUCAACUUCCGCCUCCUGUUCCUCUCUCACACACAGGACGCUUUAAAUCCAGCCAGAACCUUCUCCUCGAGGAGCAGCAUUUAAAACGCACACACUUCACGAAGGAGGACGCGAGUCCCGAAUUUCUACACACCCUCUUCCUGAAGGGAAGGAAACGCUGACAAUUUAAUGUUUCCAUAGUAACGAUAUUGAAUACCGUGAUAAAUGUGCAGGAGUGUAUAUACCACUACAGGCUCCGCCCACUCGUACACUGUUACAGCAUGCUACGUACGCUACACGCGUCCUGAUUUCACUAAGUCCAAUUCACAGGAAAUAAAUUAAAAUUCAACAGUUCAAAUAACUGGCUAAUGGUUAUAAUUAUGCAAUAAGGUCAAAGUUAACAUGAUAGCCAAACUAGUCAUUGAUCAAUUCUUUAAUAUUUAGCCACACUUUUGCUAGCUUAAUAGUAAAUUUGUUGUAAAGUUGUAACCCUGACGUUAACUUUUGACUUAAGUUUUCUGAACAUUACAUCAGAAGAUUACUACUAAGAGAGCGAGCUUGCUAACACCUAGCUAGAAGAUUUGAUUUUGAUAGUUAGCCUGUUGUUGCUAGCGGUUUCUUUAAUUGGCUGAUGCUAGUCCAGAUUUGUUUAGAUUACAUACAAAAGAGUUGUGUGUAUGAACAUUAUAUUUAAUAUUUAUUUACUAGUGCACUAUUGAUAAAUAAAUCAUUUCUUGAAGUAUCCCAUAACACACCGCAGCAGGUUGGAACCUGAAAUCUAUAAAGAACCCCAGUUAAUAUGGUGGUAUGAAACUAGCUAAAAAAUUUAGCUAGCUAAAAUUGAACGUUCAGGUUGCUAGCUAGUCAGUCUGGAGUGGCGAUUAGUUUAGCGUCCUAAAUAAAAGUAACCUCAGUCUCGUUGACGCAGGAACGUGAACUUAGCGAAAUCAGAACGUCGAUAACGGAUGUACUCCAGAUGUCAGAAAUAAAUGAUUAGCAGACAGUGAUGUAUGCAAAUAUAAUAUUUAAGCAAAUGAUCAAAUAUGUUUUGGAUGAUGAUGAUGAUACUGUGAACCUCUCUGUCCUCAAGUCGGACGAGAACGAUCACGUACGGGGAAGGGGGUGGGCAAAAUAUUGUACAGAACAAAAUAUUGUCAAUAAACAUAGCUCUGUGGUGUUAACCUAAUAAAAAUCCAUGAAAUUCUGA